UUCUUUAUUUACAAACAUACCAACAACAGCAAUGGCGUCUUCCAUAGUAAAAACAUGCCGGGUUUUAAAUAAAUUGAAGCUAUCAACACCAUCAAUAUAUAGCAUCAGAAAUUGUUCCAGCGAUUUAUUAUACAGCUUAUUGAGAAGAGGAUUAGUGAAACAGAUUUUUCCUAAUGAUCAGAAAAUUGAUAGUCCAGGAACACCUUGUGCAUAUGCUGGAUUUGAUGCAACAGCUGAUAGUUUACAUGUUGGAAAUCUUUUAGUUCUUAUUUCUUUAAUGCAUUGGCAAAGAGCUGGGUAUGAAACUAUAGCUGUUAUUGGUGAUGCAACAGCUAAAAUAGGAGAUCCAAGUGGUCACAAGAGUGAUCGGAAAGUACUAUCUCAUGAUAUAGUAGAUGAAAAUGCAGAUUCGAUUGAAAAAAAUUUGUAUCACAUCUUCCAGAAUCAUGAAACAUAUAUUUUUCCAAAAGCUAAAAUGAAAAACAAAACUCUUGGAAAAUUAAGGAUAUUGAAAAACAGCGAAUGGUACAAAAAGACCAGUAUUAUUGAUUUUAUUUGUGAAGCUGGACGUCAUAUUCGUGUUGGCGACAUGUUAUCUAGGACAAGUGUCAAAAGUAGGAUGGAAAGUGGAGUUGGAAUUAAUUUUGCAGAAUUUAGUUAUCAAGCUUUCCAGGCUUAUGAUUGGCUGCAUUUGUUAAAGAAUUAUAAUUGUAGAUUUCAGUUUGGUGGUGGUGAUCAAUUAGGCAAUGUCACAACUGGAUAUAUCUUAAUAUCUGGAUCUCUUUAUCAACAUGUGUAUGGAGCUCUUUUACCAUUAGUGGAAUCUGAAACUGGAGAUAAAUUCGGAAAAACUGCUGGAAAUGCUGUUUAUCUCUCUUCUAAAAGAACAUCUCCUUUUGAUCUCUAUCAGUUUUUCAUGAGAUUACCAGAUGCUGAUAUCAGCAAUUAUUUAAGACUCUUUACUUUCUUAAAUAUUGAAGAAAUUGAAGAUAUUUUGCAUAAACAUUUGAAAAAUCCUGAUUCUCGAAAUGCACAGAAAAAAAUUGCCGAAGAAGUUACAUUACUUGUACAUGGCAAACAAGGUCUUGAUCUAGCUGAAAUAGCAACAAAAAUUCUUUAUCAGUCUGAUAUUGAAUCAUUAGCAAAAUUAAAAAAGGAAGAUGUUAAUUAUGUAUUCCCACUUUCAACAACAUCACAUAUUAUCUUUGAGCCUGGACUGUCUCUUUUGGACCUUACAAUGAAAGUUGGCUGUUUUCUCAACAAAAAUGAUGCUGAUCGUAUAAUUCGUGGAGGAGGAGUAUAUUUGAACUUUGAAAGAAUUACCACACCUCAGUUCAUUAUAAUUCCAGAACAACAUAUACUACCAAAUGGAAUUUCUUUAAUAAGAAUAGGAAAAAAGACAUAUUAUCUUGUGCUGUGGAAAUGAAUAGCUUUAUUUAUUUAUAACUAGAAACUUAAUAAAUUACUUCUUUUAUGUUGUCUAA